AUGUUUGCUUGCCUCUUCAGCUUCUCGCUAGUUGGUCUCUUAUUGGCUCAGGCGAGAGACCUCCAACCGGGGGAGAGCGAGAUCGUCCUGAGCUCCAACGCAUCCUCCGUUCUCCAGCCCGCCUGCUUCUGUCCACCUCCACCGAUCUGCCAGUGCAGGACUUGCGGAGACUGCAUGUGUUACUGCCCCAUCCCCUGGUCCCUGGUUCUGGCUGCCCAGGGCCACAACGAGCAGAAACCCCAAGUACCCCGAUUCCUACCUGAUUAUGCUGAUGAUGGUGGUGGUAGUGAUGGGGAGGAGGAUGGCUUCAUGAUGAUGAUGGCGUAA